UGUAAUAAACCAGCGGUAACAGUUCAGUUCAGUUCGACUUCCACACGAGAGAACCAGAGAGAAAGAAAACGCACGGACGGCAGCCCACUUCUUCUUCCCCGGAAUUCAUUACCGAAUCGCAGGUGCACGAGCACGGGCCAACAUUCCAAUCCCCCAAUCCGCCGCAUAUCCCGAUCCCCUUCUGCCCGCCUCGAUUCGCUUCCAUCCAGAGUCCUCCCGCUCCCCGAAUCCAUCGAGGAGCGCCUCCUUCUCCUCUUCCUCGAUCGGUCAAAGGCGCCCCCUUUCCGCGCCGCCCCUGUCCUGCCCGGAACCGACGCCCGGCGCCGUCGCAAUCUCUGCGUGAGGCCCGGCGACGGUCUCUCUCUCUCUGCCCCGGGUGUCACAUCAAUCAAUCAAGGAAUCCGGCCAUGGCGUGCAGGGGCUUCUUCGAGUGCGUCCUCAAGCUGCUCAACUUCGUGGUCAUGGUGGUCGGGCUGGCCAUGGCCGGCUACGGCGCGUACCUGCUCGUGCUCUGGCUCCAGGUGCUCUCGCCGCCGCUGCCUCCGUCUCCGGCGCCGCCUGCGGCCGUGGCCCCUAGCGGCGGCGACCUGGUGCGGCUGGGGCGGCCGAUGCUGCUCCUUCUCGAUGCGUCCCUGUCUGAUAAUGGGACCGUGGAGAGGCUCUCCAGCGCAUGGUUUAUUUUUGCGUUUAUUGGCAUUGGCGUCAUACUCUUUAUUACCUCCAUUUUCGGUUGUGCUGGUGCUUCAACGAGGAGCGGAUGCUGCUUAUCCACUUAUUCAUUCCUCAUCAUUUUGUUCAUACUAGUAGAGCUUGCUGCAGGAUGCUUCAUUUUCUUCGACCAUGACUGGAAAAAUGUAAUUCCAGUUGAUAAGACUGGCAACUUUGACAUGAUCUACAGUUUCCUGAAAGAAAAUUGGAGAAUUGCAAAAUGGGUUGCACUUGGUUCUGUUGUGUUUGAGGCAUUGUUGUUCACUGUAGCGCUCAUAGUGCAGUCAGGCAUUCAAGAUGAUUAUGACAGUGAUGACGAGUAUAUUGGCGCGAGGUCUGGAGUCCGUCAGCCAUUGGUGAAUAAGCAAGCUGCUGCUGAUCCUAGGGUGCCCAACCUUGACUACCGUCCAAUCCGGAACGAUGCAUGGAGCCAAAGAAUGAGAGACAAGUACGGGGUGGAUACCUUUGAUCCGAACCGGUUCCAACAGGCCACGAUAUCUCCCGCAGAACAAAGAAGCCGAUGCACAAUCCUCUGAGGCCUGGCUGUGGUCGAUACAAGUCAGCACUGGUUUUGAAUUCACAUCCAGCUGUGCAAUAACGUCCGCUCCCAUGUAACGGGUGGCUGGUUGAUCUGGCGUUUUCAAGUUUGUGUAGGAUGUGGCGAUCCCUUGCAUCCGCCCACCCCGGUUUCUUCAUUUACGUAGAUAGAUGUCUUUAUCAACAGGAGUACAUGCUGCGUCCUUCAGCCUUGCAAUAACUGUAUUAUAGUUCUGCUUUGUAACGUAUAUUUUGUUGUUUACAUGCUUCGCAUAAAAGCUUAUAUGGAACUAUCAUCUUGAUCA